GAUCCACUCACUCAUGGGCUGAGAUUAGCGGCCGCUUUCUUUGCUUGCCAUCAUUGGACACACACUUCCUGGGCUCGUCCAGCAACAUCUGUCCGCAUGCCACGCGUCCCCACAAAGAGAAGCGUCCACUUGUUCUAGAGCUGUUGUAUUUAAACAAGCGCUCGUCACACGCAGGCAAGCUCCUGUCAGCCAACUCAAAAACCCCGAUGGAGAUUCAUCGGCACCGGGACGGCUCCAGCGAUGGGUUCUCGUUUCCGAGCACCCCAUCCGAAUCUCAGGAUCCAGAGCUGGAGUUUGAGUUCGGGAGCGCGACCCCGGAUUCACCCUCUGGCGAGUCCAGCAAGAACUCGCCGGCUGAUCAUCUCUUCCUGAACGGCAGGCUCUUGCCACAUUCUUUCCCAUGCAAAACCAUGACCAAUGUAGUCGUCCCGCGCAUGGCGAGCCGUGCGAGCAGCGUGAGCAGCAAGGAUUCGAUGUCGAUGAUGUCGUCCAGGAGCAACAGCACAAACAGCAGCCGGAGCAGCAGCUGCAGCAGCGCGAGGAGGAGCUCUUCCGACUAUUCCGAGAGAGCCAGAUCGCCGCUGUUGAUCUACCAAGCCAGACUUUCAUCCAAAACCCAAAGCCAUAGUGUGAGAGAUCAGAGAAGAAGAACGAGUGACGCUGUGGCUGCCCAAGUGUACGGGACGUCUCAGAGAUGGCAGUUCAUCACGCCGGUGCCGCCUUUGAGUCGAGAGGGCUCUUGCUCUUCUUCUUCUUCUUCCUCGAGGAGGAGGACGAGGAAAUUAUGCGAAGGUGUUGUGAGAGAAGAAGUGAAAAGGAUUAAGGAAAAGGAGAGGACUAAGACUGGUUUCGGGAGGAAGUUGAUACGUUCGUUCUUGUUGUCCUGCAUGCAGUGCCAUGCAAUGGAGGUCGAAACCUCUAGGAGAGAAGAUGUUUGCAGAGACUUGUGACCGAGAUCAACCUCCAAAAUUGGUCCAUGGUGUUUCUUUCUUUUCUUCUUUUAUUUGGGUUGGUUUCUCGUCUCUUCUCGAUUUAAUACAAGGUGGCUGUCUUGACUUA